CUCGAUCUCCACUCCACUCCACCUCCGACCUCUCUCCAUUAUUCCAUCCCGGCGGCGGCGGCGGCGCGCGGCGUGCGUGUCACACUCACUGAUCAGUAUCCCCGCGGGCCGUACUCCUUCCCUUGUCCGUUCCGCUGCGCAGCAGACGGCGCACGGCAUGGCCAGCAGGAACAAGGCGGCGGCGCUGCUCCUCUGCUUCCUGUUCCUGGCCGCGGUCGCCGCCUCCGCCGCCGAGAUGAUCGCCGGCAGUGGGAUCGGCGACGGCGAAGGUGAAGAGCUGGACAAGGGCGGCGGCGGCGGCGGCGGCCACCACAAGCACGAGGGCUACAAGAACAAGGAUGGCAAGGGAAACCUGAAGCCCUCUCAGUGCGGCGGGGAGUGCCGGCGGCGGUGCUCCAAGACGCACCACAAGAAGCCGUGCCUCUUCUUCUGCAACAAGUGCUGCGCCAAGUGCCUGUGCGUGCCGCCUGGCACCUACGGCAACAAGGAGACCUGCCCCUGCUACAACAACUGGAAGACCAAGAAAGGAGGGCCCAAGUGCCCGUGAGUCGUGAGAAGAUGGCGGCCCAAUACGCGGUUUUCCCGGCGGCUACGCGGGCGGGCCGCCGGCCCAUCGUAACCUACCACCGUAGUUGGAAGCGUCGUAGGAUAGGUUAGGAAUAAAUAAUAGCCUCUCUUUUUUUUUUUUGCCUUGUUUCGGUGUUUGUUUGGGCCGGGCCGGCUGCCGCUUCUCUGGUCUCUGGUCUAAAAAGUUCCCGAAAAAUAUUAUAUAUUUAAUAAGAAGAAGAAGGAGGGGAAAAAA